UACGAUUGCCCUCGAUACUCAAUAAAAGAAAUGCAAACUAUUUGUGCAACCACUACCUCGCAUGUCAAUAGCAGGCAUGUAUAAUGAAUGAAUAAACAUUCUAUAAUGCAAAUAAAUAAAAAAAAGAACGAAAUAAGAUUUAUUUAUAAUCAUAUCCAUUGCGAACUUCGAAGGAGAGAAGGGUACUUGAUAAACAUACACUGAGAUUAACUCACUCUGGUGACAUAUUUAUCUACUGUUUAUUUAGAAUCAUUCUAAAACUGCUGUCUAACUGUCAGUUGUCUUCAGAAGGCUUUGCUAUUUCAAUGUAGAAUUUUUGAAAACAUAACACUUUCAUUUUCUAAGAAUUGAUUUGGUGAGUAGAAUGACCGAAAGUAGUUCCAUACUAAUUAGUACUGUUUGUUCUAUUAGUUUUAUCUGAGAAGAAAUUAAGUAUCAAGAUCUUCGCCCUAUGUCGUAAUAGACGGAUUGCAAGAGCGAAGUUCUCCAUUCGAAGUCCAAACUCAAUAAGAAUUGUGACGUGAAAUACAAUGAAAUUGAAUGGACACUCGGUGUUAGAAUAAGAAAUCUUUUUUUUCUCAGUAUAUGCAUAUGUCUACACUAAUGUGAACUAAAAGGCUUGUAUGACGAUCGUUCCAAGAUUCCAAAGUGAAUAUACAUGGAUACUAUAGUGGAGAGGAACCAAACAACAUGACACCAGCAAAACAAAAAAGAAAACAUUUGAAUUAUUCUCGAUAAUGUUUUUUUCUUAUCAUUCUGCAAUACCAAGAAAAUUAUAUUUCCAGUUGACAAAUAAGUUAAGCUUCAGCAGUGCACAUCAAUAAACAACGUAAAAUAGUAAUAAUACGUAACUGGGAGAAAAUUUAAAAAACCCGAAUUUCGUAUUUUUCAUGAUUCUGUUUACUAUUAAUUUGUGCUUAUAAGUCUUAUGUUCCAUCAUCAGACGAGAGAAAUAGAGACACCACAAGAAAAAAUUGCUUUAGAUAUUGGAACAUAGAAAAGUAAACAGGGUAAAUAAAAAUGAAAAGAAAAUCUAAAUCUCGAUUGAUUCAUGCUUCCGUUUUUAGCAAAAUUAUUGUAAAUAAUUUUAGCGAUCCCUAAUCGGUGAGAAAGGCUAAACUGCUGUUGAUGCCAUAGAAAUCUUAUUUUUAUAGUGAAUAUGAAUUUGACUCUAUCGAAUAGACAGUUCGUACGAGUAGGCAAAAUACAUGAAAAAUGUGGAUUUUGUUAGAUGCAUAUUUCUGUUAAUUUGGUGACAAUAAGAAAUGUUUAUUGGUAUCUGAGUGAUUGCCUCGAACUACACUAUUCACUGCAAGUUGAAAACUCAUAAGAAUAAUAUCGGUUGCUAUGUAAAAAAGCACAAACAUGAUUUUAAAAUUUGUCGUGCUGCUCUCUAGAAUGAAAAAGAAACACGAAUACUGUAUUCUUCAUGGUGAUGUUUGUGAUGAACUUGAAGUGGAAAGAAGUAAUUGCCUUCUUUCGACGAAAGUAGCGCAAAGUACGUAUGGAACACUUACCUUGAGCUGUGAGAUGAAAGACAAGCAAACAGUAUAAAAAAAAACAGAGUCGCCGCUGUGACCAAAUAAAAAAAAAACCAAAAUAUGGCUAGAAAAUUAUUAACGGUAGUGUUUGUCAUCAAUUUAAGGUGGAAAGGAGCAGCUGCCUUCUUUCUGGCAAAGAAAUGUGAAUUGCUUGGGCAACCGUGAAGCCUUAUGUUGCGAGAUCAAACACAAACAAAUAGCAUGAAAGAAACUACACCCAUUAAUGCGCAGAAAUAGAAGAAACUAUAUUUGAAUGUAUGCGGGUGUGGGCGUGGGUGCGGGUGUGGGUGGUGUGGGUGCGGGUGCGGGUGCGGGUGUGGAUGUGGGUGUUGGUGCGUGGUGGUGAGGGUGGGAUGUGGGGGUUGNCAGGGAUGGUCUUCUCAAUAAUGACAAUUUUUUCGAUAACUCAGCCAUUUCUUGACGGAUCCUGCUCAUCUUCGAACUCGACCGAGACAUUGUUAAGACUGAACUGUGUAGAAAAUUUCAUCACGAUCCGACUCUCCUUUCGAAAGUUAUCGGAUAAACGGACGGACGGACACACUGACCGAUUUUAGUAGUGUACUCACUUUUUGAGUACACAAAAAACAGUGUUGAAUGACAUAGCGGGGAAAAUGAACUACCUCCUAUUAUCGUACAUAUCGUGACAGACAGAAAUAACAGACCCAGCUGCCUAUAGCAUUAUCUAAUCAUCAAGUAUAAUGCGAGCUACAUGUGUGAAGUACUUCUUAACAAGUAGAACAGGUCAAUUGUAUUUCAUAUUUUAGUCUUGCAGGAAUUACGCUGUAAGUUAUUCAGGUUUAAAGAUAGGUUUCAAUUGGUUUUAGUCUUUUUGUUUUCUUACAUGGAAAGUCUAACCUGAAAAGAAAACAAAUAAAGUUCAAGCGGAACGGCUUAUUCUAAGUUCUGAUGAGAAUAUAUAUCUUAGAGAUUUUUAUUUUUACAAACACCAAAAAUACAAUAUUGUCCCUAAGCGAAACAAAAUUGCUGUUUGUUUUGAUGUUAGGAGCUAUAUUCUUCUUUUCUAUUUUGACAAAUAUUUAAUUCCAAAUGUAUAUUUUUAAGGUAUGAAAUGAGUACAGCUGACGCAAUUGACCUUGGCCGUCGAGCUAUUGUGCAUGCUGCACAUCGUGAUGCUGCUUCAGGAAAUAUUGUUCGAAUCUAUCAUAUGAAAGAAACUGGUUGGGAGAAGAUUGAAGAAAAAGAUACAAACGAUUACAUGUAUCAAUAUCUUCACGAUAAAACUAUGAAUUUUUAA